GGAAAGUAUGGACCUGAUUGUUCGUUAUUCUGUUCCGGACAUUGUAUAAACGAUUCCACCUGUUAUCCCACUGAUGGAGUUUGUUCAAAUGGUUGUUCUGAUGGGUGGAUGGGUGUUUUCUGCAAUGAAAGUUGUGUUUCUGGAACCUUUGGUAUGGAUUGUAAAAACAACUGUAGUGGAAAUUGCCUUAAUGAUUUAAUCUGCAACAGAACCACAGGAAAAUGUGACAAAGGAUGUAAACAUGGAUACAAGGGAGAACUUUGCAAUAAAGCUUGCAGAAUCGGAUUUUAUGGACUAAAUUGCUCGAAGAAAUGCAGUCCAUUCUGUAAUAGAAACAACUGUCAAAAUAUCAAUGGAUUCUGUCUAUCUGGUUGCAUCAGCGGUUACAAAGGUCCAAGAUGUGAACAAGAGUGUAGUGAUGGAUGGUAUGGUCACAAUUGCUCCAUGAGAUGUGACAACUGUGUGAAUCAAACUUGUAAUCGUGGUACUGGCAGCUGUCAGUAUGGAUGUCAACCAGGCUGGAGAGGUUCAACAUGUUCUCAAGUGUGUACCGUGGGCAAAUAUGGACCAGACUGCAUGUUUUCUUGUAGCCAAAACUGCAUUAACAAGGAAUCUUGUGACCACGUGACUGGAAUUUGUGAAAUGGGUUGUUCAGAUGGUUAUAAAGGAGAGCUAUGUGAUUUAAUUUGUGGUAAUGGUUAUUUCGGGGCAAACUGUUCCAAAGUUUGCUCUGAAAACUGUUCUGAUAUAUGCCAUCAUAUUGAUGGGACUUGUUACUGCAAAACUGGAAUGAUGGAUUCUCCAGAAUGCAAACAAGUUUCAUCAUGGACUACAGCUAAAAAAUGUGAUGACCACUGUUUUUAUGCUAUUGGAAUAUCUAUGUUAGUCAUACUAAACGUUUUAACCUGUACGUUAUGGAUUCGUGAAAGAAGAAGGCAGAAAGUGAAAAGACAGUCGUCAUCUAAUUACAUUACAACUGAAGCAGAAAUGAAAGAAAAGACUUCUGAAUCACAUGAAUAUCAAGAAGUGAAUUCUGUAUCACGCGAUUUUUCGUACCAAAAUCUCUCAUUUGAUACCUGAAAACUUUUGAAAAUAAAGGAUUUGUCUAGGUUAGUUCAGAACCCAGUAUUCAAAUUUUAUCAAUGAUUGUUGAUGGAAAAAAAAAAGAAUUAUAAU